UGCUGUCACAGAGGGCGCUGACAUCACGAUGGUAAAUGGGAAAGCAGCAAUGGACGUUGGGACACCCCAGGAGGCUGAGAGCACAGGACAGGGCUCCUCUAUCUCCCUGGAAUGGGGGACUGGAAGACAUACAUCAGCGCCGUACUUCGAGACCAGCGCAUCGAUGACGUGGCGGUAGUGGGACAUUCGGACAACCGCUGCGUGUGGGCCUCGAGGCCUGGAGGCUUGCUGGCUGCCAUCUCCCCGCAGGAGGUGGGCAUAUUGACGGGCCCUGACCGCCGCAGCUUCUUGCAGUCGGGGAUCAGUCUGGCGGGCCGACGCUGCUGCGUCAUCCGAGACCACCUGCUGGAAGAAGACGAUGGUGUUCUGGACGCCCGGACCAAGGGACUAGAUGGUCGAUCUGUGUGCGUGGGACUCACGCCCAAGGCCCUGAUAGUGCUCAUGGGCCGACGGGGCGUGCACGGGGGCACACUCAACAAAACUGCUCAUCAUCUUAUUAGGGGCCUGCGGUUCCAGGGGAUCUAGGAUGACAGGAGCCAACGUUGAGAGACCGGGAAUAAAUAUACAUAGAAUGUA